UGGCAACCAUGAGCUCGCUGACGGCGGAGGACGUGUGGCGGCUGCUGAGGCUGCAGAAAGAAGAUGGUCGUCAGCUUUUAACAAAAUUGCUAAAUUGGGAUGAUUUUGAUGAAGAGAGAGAUUUAAAGCCGGGCAUUCUUCUUGACUAUCUGUAUAAUACUAUUAUAUUUACUGCCGAAAAAGGAUUUCCCUGGCCCAGUGUGGCAGUGGCAGCAGGCUUCUCGCAUGAAUUACUUUGUGAAACUAAAGGAAAAACUAUUCAGGAAGCUAUUGGAAAAUUGUGGGAUAAAUGUGAAAAAUACCAAAAUAAACUGAAUUCUAAUUACCUACAACAUUUAUCCAAUUAUUUACUUGUAACCUUCUUCAAACAUUAUCAUCUCUACCAGUUUGUACUGUGUGAAGUCAGAGAGGUUGAUCAAACCAUACAUGAGCUUGAGGUCCAUGUACCCCAAGAAGUUCCACCUCUGAAGAAUGGAAUAGAUGUUGAGCUUUGGAACUACCAGCAACAGCUGGCUAAACUCAGUGAAGCUGAAGCUCAAUUACAGAAUGAUAUGUCAGUCUUUCGUGAAGCCAGACUGCUGAAAAAUGAACAAGAAAUGAACAAGUUUUAUAUGGACCUCAGAUUUCAAAAUAAAGAAAUUAUUGAAAAAACUGAUUUAGAAGAAAUUGUUAAAGCUGCUUACGAGAUUCAGAUGGCAGCAACUUCUGAAAUACUGCAAAAACAGAUUGAAACUGCAUUUCAGAUUCUAGAUUUAAAACUUCAGAAGAUAACUACACCCUUCCUAUCAUCCAAACUUCAGCAAUCUUCAUCAAAGAAAUCUAAAGUUAGACCACCAAGUAGAAAGAAAUAGACAGUUUUAAGUAUUUCAUUUAUUAAUUUGAUUUAUUUAACAAGAAAUUAAAGUAGUCUUUAUAAAUGUAAAAAAA